UGCGGCUGCUGUUGAUUGGCUGGGGCGCACCUUCUCUUGACACACCGCCUACUCAUCUCGCCCUAAGCUUACAUGGAACUUAGAGCGCUACCCAUUGGCUGCAGAGAAGGGGUGGAGAGACGUCCUCUUCUGCCUCCUCAGAGCUCUGCCAAUUGAGAAGUGUUCUGACGCCCCCUCUUCCUGGCUUUUAGUUGGUUUAGCCUGCUGUGUGGGCGGAGCACAUUACUGCGUUGUGUCAGAGGUGUCAUAGCGGCCGGAACCGUCAGAAGAGGAGUGGGAGACUGGAGCGCUUGUCGGCCCGACUCUGAUAGCCGGACUUCAAUGAACAGCUCGCCUAGUUACUCUUGGAAUAUAUGUCGAACAUUUAUGGCGAUUCGGCGUGUAAGGACAGAGUACUGCCAGGCUCAGCACAGCGUUGGUGCAGACAAUUAUCACAAUGAACCGUCCAGCUCCAGUGGAAAUAUCAUAUGAGUGUAUGCGUUUUCUAAUCACCCAUAAUCCAACUAAUGCCACGCUCAACAAGUUCACAGAGGAGCUGAAGAAAUAUGGAGUUACCACCCUUGUGAGAGUUUGUGAAGCCACAUAUGACAAGGCUCCGGUAGAGAAGGAAGGGAUACAAGUGCUAGACUGGCCCUUUGAUGAUGGAGCGCCACCUCCUACACAAAUAGUGGAUGAUUGGCUGAAUCUUUUAAAAAACAAAUUUCGGGAAGAACCAGGUUGCUGCAUUGCAGUUCACUGUGUGGCAGGACUAGGCAGGGCCCCUGUGCUGGUUGCUCUAGCACUGAUUGAAUGCGGGAUGAAGUACGAGGAUGCUGUGCAGUUUAUCAGGCAGAAACGAAGAGGAGCGUUCAACUCCAAACAGCUGCUUUAUCUGGAAAAGUACAGACCCAAGAUGCGCUUGCGAUUUAAGGAUCCCAACGGCCCCUGCUGUAUGCAAUAGAAUAGAUUGGAAACAACCAGGUUGACCAGACUCUUGUGACCCAGGGCAAUGGAUCAAGUUGAAAAGAAGAAUCUCUCACCUCCGUCCCAUCAAAUCCAAAACUACAAUAAGUGCCACAGUAGGCAAUAAAAAAAAUAAAAAUCAAAGCAGGCUUCUAUAUAUUUUCUCCUAAAGCUUCAUUUAGAAGGACAGGGGAAAGAAUAUAGGUCCAUGUGCAAUUUAACCUUCAGUGUCAGUGUAACGGGAGAACUUAGAGUUCAGGUGUGACCUCAAUGUAUAUUGGUUCAAGUGUUACACAUUAAGGGGGCACCAACUUGUAUUUUAAGGACAUGCAUGUAAAUACAGGGCACAUACCAAAACAUCUGUAUUUAGGUAAAGCAGAAGGAUACUGGGGGAGUUGACUGGACCAAAUGAAUGUGAUACUGGCUUUUUUUUUUUUUUCUUUAAAAAAAAAUCUUUUAGCUCAGGUGCAGAUGGGUGAGCAUCUAUGUAUGUGGGUCAUUGCUUUUAAAGCAACUUCAAAAAGAUUAGCCUGUCUGCUCUGUCUACAGCAAGUGAUCCAAAGUAAGGGAUGCCAGGUGAUGGAGCUGACCAUUAGAACUGCUCAGGGCCCUUCACAUCUCUCGGCUGCCACCACGGCUCUAAUGAUGCUUUGUUUGAACACUGCCUCUAGCCUUAAGCCAAAUCCUUUGCUAUCUGUGUUUUCUACGGCAGCUAAUAGUCCAAAUAACAUCUAAAAUAAGUCUUCUAAUCUCCCGCACUCCCACAAUAGUUUCACAGUCAAAAUGCCAUUACUUAAAGGCUGAUGCCAAAACAAGGAUGCGUUUGUGAUUUUUAGAACUGCAGCCAUAUUUUGCACUGUAUUUAUCCAAGCUGCUGUUUGACACCUGGCCAGCAACUUUGUUUGUAUAUGUGCUUGAACAUGUCUCAUUUAAAAGAAAAAAAAAUAAUUCCCCCCCAUUCUCUUUGUCUUUUUUUUUGGCCAAAAGCUUUUUAUUAUGAUUUCUAGUUCAGUAACAUUCAGCUUCCAGAAAAGAGAAACGUGCACAAGAUAAUUGUCUUUAUUAAAAGCAUCCUGAUUAGUGAUAGAAAGCUGCCGUAUUGUAGUCAGUCGGAACCGUAAGACUGAAUUGAACAUUAAACAGUGAAGGAUUCUUUUACCUCAGUCUCCUAACCCCAGUUCUUUGGUGAAUACAAGAUUGUAUCAUUUGUGCAAAUACAUGAAUUUUAAUGUUUGUGUACAUUCACUGUUUUAAAACCUUAUGGACUUGAAAGAAAAUAUAUUGCUGCUCAAAAACAUCAAGGGAUUGACACUUAUUUGCUUAUAUAGGAUAUCACAAGAAUAAAUGUGGUCUAGUCCCAAUAUGCGUUCUGCAUAUUUUAUAAAAUGACCAUGCCCAGUGGAAAUUAGAACUACUCUUCCCGCUUGUACUUCAGAGUGGGACAUUUGUGCCUAAAUCCUUUAUUCCCACUUCUGGGGGUGAAUUAAAAGUUAUGUCAAAUGUAACUUUUCACACUGUUUCCUGCUUCAAAGAUCCAGUGGCUGAAAGAGGUGCCGAGACAGAGGUGAUCUAAGUGUAAAUCAUUAAGUGCUAGAAUUUCCUUGAUCUCAAGAAAUAUGUUCAAUAAAAUAUUUUACACAUUAACACAUUU